GAAAAGAAAAAAAAAGGCAUUACCAGCCAGAGAAACCCACACACCCCCAAAAAAAAAAAAAAGAAAACCAAAAACCAAAUUUUUUUUUUUAUUAAUAUUAAUAUUUUAUUUUAUUUUGUGUGUAGAAGAGAAGAGAAGGUGCUCCUUGUGUUUGUGCCAUCCAUCCAUCCCAUCCCAUCUCCACAUCCAGUUCUUUCUCUCCCACCAUAUCCCUCACCUUCUCUCUCCAUCAACUCAUUUCAUUUCUCAAAACACACUUUGUUUCUUUCUUUGUUUCUUUGUGUUUUUUUUUUUUUUUUUUUUUUGGUUUUUCAUAAACUAUGAAGAGGGGGAGAGGAGCCGCGGCUAAUAAAACACCGGCACCGGCGGCGGUGGCGGCGGCACCCACGGCCGAGAAAGAACAGAGAUAUAGAGGAGUAAGGAAGAGACCGUGGGGAAGAUUCGCUGCCGAGAUCAGAGACCCGUGGAAAAAAACGCGAGUCUGGCUCGGCACUUUCGAUUCAGCCGAAGACGCCGCUCGCGCCUACGACGCCGCGGCUCGUAGACUCCGCGGCCCUAAGGCCAAGACUAAUUUCCCUCUCUCCUCUUCCUCCUCCCCUAAUAUUCAUCACCAACAACAACAACAACAGCAACACCUUAACCGCACCGCCAACUACGGUGGUCCGCCGUUUUUAGAUCAUCAUCGGUUUUAUGAUAACGAUGAUGGAAAUGAUGAGCAGCAUCAGAGGAUGGUGAUUGAUCCGCAGAGGCCGACGUGUAGCGGUAUGAGCAGUACAGUGGAGUCGUUUAGCGGGCCCAGGCCAACUCCGCAAAAGGCGCCGCGGCCCAUGGAAACCGUUAUGGAUCGCCGGAAACGGCACCAUCCGAGGACUCCUCCUGUCGUUCCAGAAGAUUGCCACAGCGACUGCGACUCGUCGUCCUCGGUGAUCGAUGGCAACAACAACAACAACAUCAACGGCAACAACGGCAACGACAACGACGACAAUGAUAUCGCGUCGUCGUCUUAUUCUAAUUUGUUGUGCCGGAAAACUCCGCUGCCUUUCGAUCUCAAUCUGCCGCCGUUGGAUUUGGAUCACGACGUUGACUUUGUUGGCCUUUGACUUGGAUAGCAUUAUCCUUCCAUCAAGGAUUCGAGGGGAAGUCAUUGGCCACCUGACACUAUUCAGGUGGGGAGCCACUGGAUAAUCAAGCCAGCAUAAAACCAAAUAAAGAUUUUUUUUUUUUUUUUUUAAUAUUUUUGGAAUUGGAUGUAAUAAGUUCACGAAUGUAUUGAGCCGCCUUCGUGGAAACAAGAAAAAAGGUCUGGGAAAGCAAGAGAAAAUAGAGUUUUUGAAUUAAAAUUCGGAAAAUAACUAAAAUAUAGAAUCUGAAUCACAAUAUUUGAUCUAUUGGAUCAUGCACACUAGGGUGACAACUCUCAUUGGUGGGUUGUACUGUGAAAUAUAACUAUUGGAUCACAAUUUUCCACCUAUUUUUAAUUAUUGAAAUCAGGGGAAGAAAACCCUGGUUCAUAUGUAAU